AUGAAGCGCUCUGCAGAGUCUCAAUUAACGCGUGAAAACGCCGACGAAGACGAAGGCGGCUCGGAUGGCCCAGGAAUCUUUCAGCGGGCGAGUGAAAACGAACUAGCAAAGCGAACUAUUCGCCCGCUUCCCAAACGUCGUGGAGGCUCUGGAAGUCCGGCACCAUCCUUUUCUCCAUCGGAUUCGAGUAAAGAUACAUUCACCGGUUCAUCUUCAAAACCCGCCGCUCCGACACCCUCGAUUCCAUCUCUGCCUCCUCUGACUGGUUUUUCAUUCAAACUUCCCGAUAGCUCUACCUCUUCGAGCAGCGCGUCUGCUGGAGCAAAGCCGAAUGCUCCAUCAGCCGGCUUCUCGUUUGGCUCGACCGGGAGCCCACCAUCCUUCUCGUUCAACUCGACAUCGGCUUCAAAUCCAACAGCCGAAAAAGAUAAAGGAGCUGCAUCCUCAGGGGAGAGAAUGACCAAGACCGCAAAGACAAUGUCUUCCAUCUUUGCGUCCAUGAACAGUGCACCUCAACCAGAGCCUACGAAGAAGGCAACAACACCCACGACGACAAAUGGCUCCAAACCUCCGUCUUUCACCUUUGGUAGUGCGCCAAGCAAUGAAGGCUUUAAGCCGAACCGAAAGGGAACAUUUGGCUUGGGAGGCGAUUCUCCGCUCACACCAGAGUCACCUCCCAAACCCUCUUCUUCAAAACCAACAACACCUUCAUCCGCCACCUCGACCUCGACUAACGGUACAUUCGUUGCAAACGAAGACCAGCUCAGCGACGACAUCGGACUCAACAAGGACGAGUUUAGCUCCGACGCAAGGCGGAAACAAUAUACCGACUCGGACCAUCAAUCUUGGGACUCGCGCGAAACGCACUUUUGGGUACAUCUCCGCGGUCUGAACGCGAGCUUCCUCCGGGACGUCAUGCAGAUGCAGAAAAAGGACCCAUUCGACGAUUUUGCUGUGCUCUUCAAGGCGUAUCGCGAUCAUCGAAAGAAGAUUAUCGCCGACAUGGUCACCUGGCAGCGCGAGAAUGGUAUAGAAGCUGACGAAGACGUUGAUGGAUUCGACGUUGGUGGUGCGGAGGAGGAUAACGAAGAGUAUAAUGAGUAUGAAGGAGAAGCGCAGGACGCUAAAAUGCAGGAUGCGAAUGCACCUGAUGCUGCAUCCAAAGAAGAGACUAUGGUAGAGGAAGAGAAGACACCUCCGGCGACGACCAAAUCAUCUCAGCCUCCAUCAGCGAUGCCAACGGCUCCGGCAGGUGGAUUCAGCUUUGGGGGUAAAGUCAUGUCCUUCGGUAGCACAACUUCCUCUGGUGGUGGUGGGUUCAAGCCGACUGGGUUUACCCCGACGCCGUUUGUACCGCCAGCAGAUAAGCCUGCCUCUACUGCAGGAGGUUUCAAGCCGUCUACUGGUGGCUUUACGCCGAGCGGUUUGUCUGGUGGUUUCACUCCUUCUUUCUCUUCUACGACCUCGAAAGAUGCCGAAAAAACGUCUGCACCGAGUACAGCGCCAGCUGCGCCGACGCCGGCAGCACCCAGCAAUCCAUUCUCCUCGUUUGCCGCACCGGCUACAACGUCGACUAGCUCGGGCUUCUCGUUUGGCAAACCAAAGUCGGAUGCACCUGCCGCUUCGUCUAAUCCACCAGCCACGACGUCGUUUGCAUCGUUUGGGGCACCUGCUUCUGAUCCAUUCAAGGCAACUUUAGCAAGAUCUAGCUCUGGAUUUAACUUUGGCUCCUCUGCGGCUACCACCACAGCACCUAAAUCAGCCGAUUCCUCGAACGCUCCUGGUGUCCCCGGAACCACUGGGACGCCAUUUACUUCGUUUGCUUUCCCCCCUCCAAAAGCCGUCUCUCCGGUCAAGUGGCCAGCAACAGAGCCCAGCCCGUCUGCAGAUGACAAUGACAAAAAGGAGGGCGAGACGACGCCAAAGGCGUCUGCAAAGCCACUUCAACCACCCGUUGCGCCCAUUUCCAACUCGCCCUUUGGAAUCGCAAAUCCAUGGGCCGUAAAGAACGGUACCGCACCUGCUCCAGCUGCGGAUAGUCCAUUCAAGUUUGGCAUGGGCGCAAAACCACCAGCAUCGUCCUCUUCCGAGGCUACAAAGGCACCAUUCUCCUUUGCUGAUCCACCCGCCACCACCAAAGCUGCGUCAGCGUCAUUUUCUUUUGCUGAGCCACCCAAGUCUGCCUCGAGUGGUUUCUCAUUUGGCUCGCCGUCGAAAUCUGGAGGGGCGGCUGCGCCCAACCCGUUCACAUCGCCGCCGAAAGUUAGCGCGCCGUUCUCCUUUAGCAGUACGCUUGGUUCUGGAGCAACCCCCGCGAAUUCAACUACUUCCACCAGUGGUUCCUCGCUCUUUGGCGGUACUGGUACCUCCGGGUCGACAUCAUCUGGAUUUAGUUUCGCGGCCCCCUCAAAGCCGACAGCCGGCGGGACAGGGUUUAGCUUUGGCGCGCCAACAAGUUCAGGAGCGACCUCGACUACUGGAGGGUUCAGUUUCGGUGCCCCCCCUACGUUUGGUAGUUCCACUUUUGCAAAGACGCCAUCAUUUGGGUCGACAAUCUCCACAGACACAAAAGGUACUGCGGGUUCAAAUGAGACGGUGUCUGUACCGGGCGGAGGGUUGACGCCGAGUGGAGGCUCGGAUGCUAGUCUCGCGACGGACGCGACGGUCAGCGCGACUGUUGGUACAUCGCAGGAGAGCGAUGUCGCGCCAGAAGUUGGAACUGGGUUGGCCCUUGGGGAGGACAAGUUUGAUCAGCCUGGGCCUGGAGAGGAGAAUGAGGAGAGUUUGUUUACAGUUCGCGGCAAGGUCAUGCGAUUCUCUGGAAGCUCGUGGGCAGAUCUUGGUAUUGGUCAAAUACGAUUAUACAAGCACAAGGAGACUGGUGCGAAGCGUAUAUUUGCACGGAAUAGCAAGUCUGGUCGCAUCAUACUUAACUUUGCUCCUUUUGCCAAGAUGGAACCAAAGAUUGACGACACCAAAGCCAAGUUUAUGCGCAUGACGGCGACGGAUAACGGAAAGCUCGUCAAGAUUCUGAUCAAGCUAAAGGAAGAGUCGGAAGCGGCCGAGUUUGUCGCGGUGCUUCAGAAAGAAGUCGAUGCGCUUUCGUGA